ACCGACGCUGGGGUCGACACGAGACGAACUUGUAGUACGCUGCUGGUCUUCUCCUGGCCCACCUGCCCCCCGCGGCCCCCCGUGGCUCCAGCGCGUCGCGCCCUCCCCCCCGCAAAAGCGGGCGGUCGGCAGGACGUUCCCUUGGACGAGUGUUCACGUGGCACCUCUGGCAAUGGCUGACCCCGCCGACUCGGACGGCGGACUCGGCCAGGAGGAGAAAUCCGAGCUGCUCCAAGGAGUGGAGAACGACUAUCUGGGCGUGGACCAGGAGGGACCCCACCUCGGCCAGGAGCCCCCGCCGGGGCGGCGCCAGGGCCCGUGGAGGGCUCUGCCCAGGUCUGCUGCUGCCGGCGUAGCCGCGGGGGUGCUGGCCGUGGCGGCGCUGGGUUGCGCGGGGCUGCUGCCGCGGGCGGGUUUGCCAGGCGCAAAGGACGUCGAGGCCGCCAGGGCCGCCAACUCCGGGCGGUCCACCGCGAUCUCGCGGCUCGACCAGGACGUGCCUGGCAGGGGUCGGGCCCUGACGAGGCGCGGCCCCGCGACGGAGGGCAAGAGCGAGCUCCCCGAGCCGCCGGCUUGGCCCCUGAGCAAGCCCGUGGGUGUGAACUUCGGGGGCUGGUUGUGCCUCGAGGACUGGUUCUUCUCUGGCGCCGCUGGGGAGUACGUUGACAGCGGAUGGCCGUUCACCGGGCAGGGUGCCUGCCUGCCCGGUCAGCUGCCAACGGUCGGCGAGCCGUGGAAGUCGGAGGGCACGCUUACGAAGCAGCUGGGCGAGGACCUCCUCCUCCUCCUCCUCCUCCGUCUCUUCCUCCUCCCCCAUCCUCCUCAGCGUUCUUCAAUUUGAUUGCAGACGUUUGAAUGCCACUCUCGAUGCUCUCGGCGAUUCCAUGGCCACUUGAUUUUUCAGUCUCCCGCAUGUCCGAUGACAAAAAGUGUCCUACGGAAGGCAUUCCGUCCCCGGGUCACGUUUUUGUUGGCCCAUUGUCGUCGCCCAGAGGUUGCGCAGAGUUGUUGUCGUUGAGCAGAAACGGUCCUGGGG